CCAUGACGAAAAUGAGGAACCUGAGGGGCCGGGAGUGUGUGAGUGACGUCACGGCCUCCGCACCCUUCCCGGGCCGCUGCUCCUCGACGUCACAAACACCUCCGGCCAGGGAUGGAGUUACUCCCCUUAGCGGCACCUCCUCUGCCGGGCCGCUCGCGUCCCCCGGCCCGUCUGUGCCUCCGACCACCGAGGGCAGCCAUGAAGGGGAGCCCUAGCUCCCUGGAAACGCUGCUGUGGGUCUACCACUUCCACAGCUCCACGGAGGUGGCGCUCCAGCCCCCGCUGCUGUCUUCCCUGGAACUCGCUGUGUCCGCAGCCCAUGAAUAUCUCGAGCGGAGGUUCCGAGAACUGAAGUCUCUGGAGCCGCGGGGGAAGUCGCCCAUCCCAGAGGCCACCCUGGGGCUGGUGCUCAGAGAAGCCGCGGCCAGCCUCAUGAACUUCGGCGCCACCUUGUUAGAGAUCUCAGCCUUGUGGCUGCAGCAGGAAGUGCAGCGACUCGAUGACGGCGACGAUGACCUGGGGCUGUCCCCAGAAGCCGGAGAUCCGGGAAGGGCGCUGGCUCGGGUAGCCCUGGCCGUGGGUCAGGGAGCUUGGCAGGCCGGGGCUACGGCUGGGGCGAGCGCCCGGCUCCUGCUCCAGGGCGCGUGGCUGUGCCUGUGUGGACGGGGCCUCCAGGGGUCCGCCUCGUUCCUGCAGCAGUGGCGAUGCCAGCUGGGCCUCGGAACCCCCGAGGAACCGGCGAGCUAA